GGAGCCGGGCGGCGAGAGGCGGCGCAGAGCCCGGAGGCCGAGAGCCCGCGCCCGCCGCCGCCCGCGAUGCUGCUCUCCAAGUUCGGCUCCCUGGCGCACCUUUGCGGGCCGGGCGGCGUGGACCACCUCCCGGUGAAGAUCCUGCAGCCAGCCAAGGCGGACAAGGAGAGUUUCGAGAAGGUGUACCAAGUGGGCGCCGUGCUGGGCAGCGGCGGCUUCGGCACGGUCUACGCGGGCAGCCGCAUCGCUGACGGGCUCCCGGUGGCUGUGAAGCACGUGUUGAAGGAGCGGGUGACCGAGUGGGGCAGCAUCGGCGGCGUGGCCGUGCCCCUCGAGGUGGUGCUGCUGCGCAAGGUGGGCGCGGCGGGCGGCGCGCGCGGCGUCAUCCGCCUGCUGGACUGGUUCGAGCGGCCCGACGGCUUCCUGCUGGUGCUCGAGCGGCCCGAGCCGGCCCAGGACCUCUUCGACUUCAUCACGGAGCGCGGCGCCCUCGAUGAGCCCCUGGCGCGCCGCUUUUUCGCGCAGGUGCUAGCAGCCGUGCGCCACUGCCACGGCUGCGGGGUCGUGCACCGCGACAUAAAGGACGAGAACCUCCUCGUGGAUCUGCGCUCUGCCGAGCUCAAGCUCAUCGAUUUCGGUUCGGGCGCUCUGCUCAAGGACACGGUCUACACCGACUUUGACGGCACCCGAGUGUACAGCCCCCCGGAGUGGAUUCGCUACCACCGCUACCACGGGCGCUCGGCCACCGUGUGGUCUCUGGGCGUGCUGCUCUACGACAUGGUGUGCGGGGACAUUCCCUUCGAGCGGGACGAGGAGAUUCUCCGGGGCCGCCUCUUUUUCCGGAGGAGGGUCUCCCCAGAGUGUCAGCAGCUCAUUCAGUGGUGUCUGUCCCUGCGGCCUUCUGAGCGGCCCUCACUGGACCAGAUUUCUGCCCACCCUUGGAUGCUGGCUGCAGACGGGGGCACCCCGGAGAGCUGUGACCUGCGUCUCUGCGCCCUGGACACGGACGAUGGGGCCAGCACCACCUCCAGCAGCGAGAGCUUGUGAGGAGGGGCCUGCACCUGGCUUGUGGGACUGUGGGACCCAGAAGGACCACCUGCCCCAACUUGGCCCUGCGAGAGACCACAGACGGACUCUGCUUGGUCGCCUGCUCUUUGCGAAAGCAGUGAACUCUGAUCCCUGGUGACCUUUGCCUUUGGCACCGGGCCGUUUCCUUUGCUUUGAGUGCCUUUUCGAUCGCUGCUCUCACAGACUUGGUUUCUCAAGCUCUGUCUGCCCAAAGACGCUCCGGUCAGAGCGAGGUUCCCCUUGCCCUGGGCAGGUGCUUGAACCUGAGACUGUCCCUCUCCUGUGCUGCUCUGGGAGGUGGCCAGCCGGCCCUCAGCGUCUCCCUGUGUGACCAUGUUGGACCAGGAGCACUCCCAUGUCCUGUGGCCUCAUCUCACC